AUGUCAGUGCAACCUGUCAACCCGAAGCCCUUCCUCAAUGGAUUGAUCGGGAAACCGGUGGUCUGCAAGCUAAAAUGGGGAAUGGAAUAUCGAGGCACGCUGCUCUCGGUUGACGGAUAUAUGAACGCCCAGCUCGGCAACGCGGAAGAAUACAUUGACGGCACCAACACGGGACAACUAGGCGAGAUCAUGAUCAGGGAGCUGCUGCAAGAGAACGUGAUCCGCGGAAAGGGAGUAUUGACUCGCUCCAUCAUCCAAGCUCAAGCUUUCUCCCCUACAUUCUCUCACGUAUACGCCGCCCUGGUUGCUGUCAUCAACUCGAAAUUCCCGUCCGUCGGAGAAUUGACACUAAAGCGUCUAGUCGUGCAAUUCAAGCGCUCUUUCCGACGUAACGACAAGGCGACGACGGUCACUGUAUCAAAAUUCAUUGCUCAUUUGAUCAACCAGCAAGUGGCUCACGAGCUGCUGUCGAUGGAGAUUAUGCUACUCAUGCUGCAGAAGCCCACCGAAGAUUCUGUGGAGGUCUGCAUCGCUUUCCUGAAGGAAUGCGGUGCGAAGCUGGCAGAUAUCGCUCCGCGCGCUCUCGAUUCCGUGUUUGCCCGUUUGCGUAACAUCCUUGCUGAGGCCCAGCUGGACUCCCGCAUUCGCUACAUGAUUGAGACGGCGAUGGCCGUGCGAAGGGACAAAUUUGCGGAUUACCCAGCAUUGGUCGACGAACUCGACUUGAUCUCUGAAGAGGAUCAAAUCACUCACACGCUCUCGUUGGAAGACGCUACGGAUCCUGAGAAUAUGCUUAAUAUCUUCAAAAUGGACCCUGAAUUCGAAAAGAACGAAGCUGCCUAUGAAGAAAUCCGCGAACAGAUCAUUGGUGAUGCCGGGGAAAGUAGCGAAGAAGAAUCAGACGAUGAAGAUGAAGAUGAGGAGAACAAGGAGCAAGGGGGAGCCGGAAAAGCCGAGCCCAUGGAGAUUAUCGACAACACUGAGCAGAAUAUGGUCGCCUUCCGUCGUGAAGUCUACCUGACCAUCCAAUCGUCGCUAGAUUACCAAGAAGCUGCCCACAAGCUGCUGAAGAUGGGUGUCAAGCCGGAAAUGGAGCCCGAGCUCAUUCACAUGCUGGUCGAUUGCUGCGCUCAACAACGCACCGAAAUGAAGCUCAACGAAAAUGAUACAACAUCUUCCGGCCGUAUCUACAUCAAGACCAUCUUCCUGGAACUCGCGCAGAUGAUGGGGCUUGUGAAACUUUACGAGCGCAUUCGUGACACGACCCUGCAAGCGGCCUUUGAAGGUCUCUUCCCGCGUGACAAUCCAGCCAACACUCGCUUCGCCAUCAACUUUUUCACAUUGAUUGGGCUCGGCGGAUUAACAAGGCACGAGCGCCGGGAUCGGGAAAAGGACCGCGACGACGAUCGUGACAGGAGAAGAAAGCGUAGCGAGUCGCCACGUCGUGAGCGACGCGAUCGAGACCGUGAGCGCGGAGACGGGGACCGUGGCCGCGUGAACCAGCUCGGCGGCGUGUUCAUCAACGGCCGGCCACUGCCGCAGCAUAUACGGGCGAAAAUCGUCGAGAUGGCGGGGAAUGGCGUGAAGUUGCUGCUCGAGGAGACUUUCCGAAAGAAUACGUACCCGGACGCUGCCGAGCGCGAAUCGCUGGCGAUGCGGACGAAGCUGAACGAGGAGAAGAUUAUGACCUGGUUUUCGAAUCGACGCGCACGCUGCCGGAAAAGUAUCCCACUGAAUUUUGCUGCCAAUUUGUCGGGUCUUGUCGCGCCUGCAAUGCAACCACAACAGACGCCUCUCCCCUUCCCGCCAGGCCUUCAAUUCCUGCUGCCGCCGCAAUUCCUCUUCCCCCAGUUCCUCGGCAUCAACACUCAA